CGUAAAUGAGAUGAUUCCCUCGCGUCUUGUUGAAUUACCAGAAUAUCAAAUCGAAGAAACGAGUAUGAAGCUACCGGAAAUGAUAUUCGCCGACGGCGAGGAACCCGUCGGAGUAAGGGCUCUUACAUACCAGUCAUCGCGUUCCAUCAACACCAUUCUCAAUGCUCUCGAUGAAGAAGAGAUUCAGUUUAUCCGACAAUCAUCUUUCGGCAAGCUUGUCGAUAUCACAGAGAAACCCGCCUUCUCCGAUAGAUUUGCCCGAUUCCUUCUGUCGAGACAACUGAAAGUGGAAAAAAAAUAUGAAGCUUGGUUCCGAUUCGCUGGAAAGCCCAUAAGAUUCUCGCUCCGAGAGUUUGUCAUAGUCACCGGUCUUCCCUGUGGCGAGUUCCCCAAGAAAUAUAAGCUGAAGAAGAAGAAAAACAUUAACGACAAACUCUACUGGCCUGAGCUUUUCGGAAGUCUGGAAGAGAUGCGUGUAUCUAGGGCGAUUAAGAUGCUCCGGAAAAGAACUGUCACUGAGAAAGAUAUCCGGAUGAAACUAGCAUGCCUUGCAAUUGUAUUCUCUGUUCUGUUAUCCACUAAUUUGAAGAUGAAGAUGCUGAAGGAACACGCGGAGUUGCUUGGGGAUAUGGAAGAGUCUUUGCCUUCUCCUGGGGUCGGCUUGCAUUUGAUAUGUUGACUAGUAUAAAAAAAUGGGAUGAGAUUUCCCUUUCCCAAAAUUCUAUGGCAUGCAGCUUGUUAUUGUUGAAGCUGUUCCUUCGCUAACUGAAGUAGUCAAAGAAUCUUGUUCGUCAUCAGAGUCUGACAGCGAUGAAGAUGAUGUUGAUGGCGUGGCAAGUAAAACAAAGAAGAAAACUCUAAGCCCUGAACAUACCCGCGAAGUAGACAAAAAAGAAAAGGUUUUGCUGUGGAGUAUACUUCCCCAAGACCCAGCAAGACCGGUAGACGAGUCGGUGCUUGUAUGGCCUGAUGAAGUUGUUGACAUAAAAGUAGCGUACAUGCUUAGUUGCAUUAGCGCUAAUCACGUAUUUACAAAGAAUAUGUUCAGGGGUGGGGUAACCAAAGGCGAUGUAGAAAGGAUGCGUGAGAAGGCCAAAGCAGGAGGGAGAAAGAAAGCACUACCUUCGAAGGGUAAAGAGUCACCAGUUGUGAUGAAUGACGAAACAAGAAUAACUUCUAUUGUUAAUGCUAUUAUGUGACCAAAGCUUAAUCAAAUUGAUGGUGAUAUUGCUGCUGUUGUUGCCUCUGUCAAAGAGGUUUUUGCCUGUUCUGUUGCGUUCGCAGCCAAGGUUAUUGCAACUGUCAAAGGAAUGUUGAAGUCUUUGAAGACUGAGAUCAUGUCAUCUAGGUCGAGGAUAAAUACUCCAUCCCCUCUGAGUCUCCAAAAUCUACGGGAGGGCCUGAUGGGGUGGCGGAUGGAUGAGUUCUUCCAAACACAACCGCCGUUUCUCGUGAUGGAAAUGAUGCGAUAAUUGAGAAUGUGAUUGAAAACAUUAGUCAUUACUCAACGCCCCCGGGUCUGGAUAACGAAUGCCCCGGUUCUGAUGCCAAAUCCCGUCCCUAGCAAUCAGUCAACCCGUUAGCUUGCACUCAGGAAGACAACACUCAUGGGAAUGAAAUCGUUAGUGCUUACUCACCUAAGUCAAAAACACUGGACCCUACGCCGUUAUUGGAUUAUGUGAUGAGACCCAUAUGUAUUUGGUUAUGCAAGUUCUCGCUGCACCAACACACCCCCAACUCAGUAACCAGCGUUCAGAGGGAAACGUAGAAGAAUCUUUCGAAAAUCGCCCAUCUAGGUCUGCUCAUAGCCAGACGCAUGAACAUCCUGAUCCAAUUAUUCCGUCAUUCUGACUUGGCCUCACUCAGGAAUUUCAGCCCACCCAGCCCCCUGGUGAUGAUGAGAUGGGAGACGAUGAGGACCAGCUGGAUGAGAAAGACAAUUAAGAUGGUGUUGGAGAUACACAGGAGACAUUACUUUGCCAUAAAAGUAAGCGCAUUUGCACUGUCCCACCUCAAUUGCUUACCGACUAUCAAAGUGAAACUGCCAUUCUUAACCGUGCGAGGGAAGUACCCAUUAUCGGGAAUGGUGUGUACGCCUUAGGAUAUGUACAGGAAAAGUACAAAACCCUCUAGAUUCUACUGAAGAAAGAAUGUGCUAUAAAUGUCGUGGGCCUAUCCGUAUCUGCAAGGAAAUUACCGACAUUGGAGCAAGAACCCGGUUACUUACAGGCAGAGUCAUUGACAUCCUUAUGAGGGUAAUUGCAGCAUCUGUCAACAGCCAAGUAUCUGAUAGGGGCCAUACCACUCCGUUAUUUCUUGAUAGUCGAGUUCAGGUUCUGUUGUCCAUGAACUUUCCGAAGUUCAGAAAAAGUAAGACGCAAACUCAGUAUGUUUUCACCAAGGCUCUCGUUGAUAUCGUGAAGAAGAGUUUGAAUUUCAACUCUGGUUUGUCACACUUCUACAUGCCUGUCACCAUUGCGCGGAAACACUGGGUGGCAGUUUGCGUUGACAUCACUAGUGCGAAGAUAUAUGUUCUCGACUGCAACCCUGACGUGCUCGAUGACAAGGCUUUAAGUAAAGAGCUUGCUCCGGUAACUGAAAUGUUCCCAUCCCUACUGAAACACUGUGGGGCAUUGGUUGAGUAUGUGGACAAGGCAGUUGUUGUUGAAAGGAUGAAAGGUGUGGUAAAGAACACAAACCCCGCUGAUGCAGCCAUAACUGCGUGUUUGUUGAUUCAAACCCAUGCGCUGUAUGGAGCAGAAAUUUGUAGUUCUAUCACUCCAUUAGUCAUUCCAGAGGAAGCUCAAAGGGCAGCUGUGAUGAUAUAUGAGUUUCACGAGAUGGUGUAGGUGGUUCGUGUGUUGUUGUCUGAGCCCCCUUUUUUAACGUUUGAUCCCAUCUUCCGAUGUAACAUUCUAAGGAGUUUUAUGUAUGUUGUUUCGUUCUCGUACUUUCAAUGGUUUG